AGACGUUUUUUUCCUCCAACCCCUAAAAACAGGAUAGAAAUCCUGCUACUGCCCGUCAAACUGGCAGGGGUGUACCCGAGAAGGCCAAACUACCGUCCGGACUUGCACGAAGAACCCAAACGAGCGGAGCGACGGCAAAUGCAGGUAAAAACCUGUGAAAUUCAAUUUAAUUCAAUUCCGAGUCGUGUGGGAGUUGGACUCCGCCGUUAUAUAUGACCCGACGAUCGAUUCUAUCAACAAAAUAACACGAAAUCGAUCGAUCAUGGAAGGAGAUGCCGGAGCGCCGGCGCUAGACCUCGACGGGAUAAUCCACCGCCUGACCACAACCACCUCCGCACCCCCAAAACCUCCCCCAGUAACCCGCGCCGAAAUCAAAGCCCUCUGCGCCGCCGCGAAGCAGCUCCUCCUCGCCCAACCGAUCCUCCUCGACCUCCCCGCCCCCAUCAACAUCUGCGGCGACAUCCACGGCCAGUUCCCCGACCUCCUCCGCCUCUUCUCCCCCGCCGUCGGGGGCCCGCCGUCGCCCGCCAACCGCUACCUCUUCCUCGGCGACUACGUCGACCGGGGCACCCAGAGCGUGGAGACCGUCUGCCUGCUGCUGGCGUACAAGCUCAAGCACCCCGACGCCUUCUUCCUCCUCCGCGGCAACCACGAGUGCGCCGCCAUCAACAAGGCCUACGGCUUCCACCAGGAGUGCGUCGACCGCCGCCUUAUCAUCCCCGGGCGGUGGGACUGCUGGACGGAAUUCAACCUCGUCUUCGCCUGCCUCCCCCUCGCCGCCCUCGUCGCAGAUCGGAAGAAUAAGAAGAAGAUGUUCUGCGUGCACGGGGGGCUGUCGCCGGAGCUGGAGACGAUGGGCCAGAUCCGCGCGCUCCGGCGGCCGCUGCCCGUCGAGGUCCCCGAGAAGGGGCUCCUCUGCGACCUGCUGUGGUCCGACCCCGCCGCCGACGAGGACGACUGGGGAUGGGGCGAGCCGCGGCGGGGCGUCUCGUCGUGCAGCUACGGCGCCGACGUCGUGGCGGAGUUCUGCGAGCGGCACGGGGUGGAGUUGGUGUGCCGGGCGCACGAGGAGAAGCAGGCGGGGUACGAGGUCGCCGCGGCGGGGAAGCUCGUCACCGUCUUCUCGGCGCCCGACUACUGCGGCACAACCGGGAAUGACGGCGCCGUCAUGGUUGUCGACGGCGCGCUCGCGUGCUCCUUCCGUGUUAUCAAGCCUGCUGCUCGUCCCGCCGGGUCGUUCCUCGUGCUCGACCUCGAUCCCAACGCUCCUCCCGUUGCUCAUGAGGAUUAGUCGUCCUUGAACACUGAUUCUGUUUUAGAUUUUAUCUACUCUCUUCUUUGAUUUUUGAUUCUUGAAUAUACUUGUGCUUGUUCCGUUGUUGUUCAUGGUAAUGGAAGUUCUUCAAACAGGGA